CUCCAUUUUUUAUACGAUGCGCUUCUCUCAUCUGUUUGUGCACUUUGCAUUACUUCAUAACUUGUUCAUCUGAUAAUACGUGUUUAUUGUAUUUUUCUGUUUACUUGAACAACUUUUUAUUAUUAUCAUCUCUAUUGUGGAUUCACUUUCGUUUUUGGCGAUAAAGUUAUUUCUCAAAAUGUCCGACGAUGAAUCCAGUUUCGUUAUUUUGGGCUCGACGCCGACCCCUUCGAUGGAACAGUACAAUGGUCAUGAACAUUCAAUGGCGAAAGAAAGUGGUUCAAUCACUUCAAAUGUGAUGCAAUCAUCUACACCAACAAUGCAAAAUUUUAGUUUGGUAAGCUCAUUAUUGAUGAAUUCGCCUUCGUUAUCAGCGGCCCACACUGAUAAUUUGAACGGUGAUUCACCUGUUAACUCUGUGGCUGUAAAUGAGGGUAAUCCGUUGACGCAGUCGAUGAUGAAAGCACCUACAGCGUCUGGCAAUGAUUUUGCCGAACAAUUUUUGAUGGGUGAAAUACCGGCUGAUUCAUUGAAGUACAACAUUUGGAAACAUUUUCCGAGUUUCUGUACAACUCAAUCCAACCCUGAAGACAUUGAGAGACUCGAAGGAUUUAUCAACGAACAUGUCAAGCUUAAAGAAAAUUUGCAAAAGACCAACGAAGCUAUGCGCCAACACUUCAGCACCAUCGAUAAGUGGCAGACCAGAGUCAAAGAGCUGAAGGAAACGCAAGCUAGUGAAAUAGCCGAAUGCAAUGAACAGAAUGCAAGUCUAAAGGAGCAAUUGCGAUUGAAAGUCGUUGAAAAUGAAAACUUGCAUGUUGCACUCCUCGAACGAGACGAAUUCAAUCAAAAACUUAAGAUGGAAAUUGCCAGAAUUAAGGAAGAGCAUGAAGAGAAAACCAUGCAAUUCAACAUGAAUUUAGCCUUUGCGGCCGGAGAAAAUAACGAUUUGGUUCAGGAUAUAUCUGCCAAGAACGCCAUCAUCCAGAAUAUGACCAAUAUGAUAGAAAAAUUGGAAAAGCAAUUGGUGUCGUUCGAAAUGGUGUCACUUCAACGCGACGGUGACCGCAACAAAAGCGAAAGUUCUUUAAUGAACAAAUCACAAAGUGCCCCAAAGCAAGAAUCACCAAAUCCUUCAUUGCAAGAAUCGCACAGCUCUUCAAUGGGCAGAUCACAAAGUUCUUCCAUGGAUGGAUCGCAGUCUAGCAAUGGUAGCAGUUCGACUAAGCGUUCGACAACCAGCGCUCUAAAUUCCGUUUGUAAUCUUACAGACUUUGCGACACAAUUGAGUGCUGCGCGCCAGCAAAAUCUUCAAUUGUUGGAAGAUGUUUCUAACAAAAUAGUUACCAUCAAACGACUGGAAAGUGAGUCGUCCAAAUUGCAACAUCAAUUGUUAUCAUUGGAAAUGAUUGUCAACGAAAAUGGCCAAAAUGCGAGCGAAGACAGGGAGAAAGUGCGUCAGUUGAAAGAUGAAAUAAAUCAAAUAUCCAUACAAAAUAUACAGAUCCGCGAGGUGGUCCAGAACGAGUAUGUCCAGCAAAUAGAUCAAUUAAAGGAAAGUCUUGUCCGCGAACAGGAGCGAUAUCAAAAACUCAAAAGCGACAACGACAAAUGGAUCAUGGAAUUCGAUUUACAACGUCUCAAAGUGACCGAAUUAACCGAUAAAGUUACGGAAAGGCAAAACGAUUUGGCCGAAUUAACAGCCAAAAAUGCUGAACAGCAAACCGAAUUGACUGAGAUGCAGAAGGCGAUUGUGUUGUUAAGAUCGAAGGAGAUCAAUGCCGAUAUUCAGGCUCAUCAGAAGGAACAGGAGUUUGCAGAGAUCAAGGAAGAAAACGAGUUCUUGAAGGCUCAGUUGGACGUAUAUAAAAGUGAUUUUGAGAUGGAGAGGCAGUCCCGACAAGACAUUGCCAACGAAAGAGAGGAAUUGUUGAGCGACUUGAAAUUAUUACAAAGGCGAAAUCAACAAUUGAUUGAAGAAGCACAGUCAAGAACCAGACUUUCAAAUGGUGCGUCGACGUCAUCAUCAACUGCAUCAGCUCCCCCACAAGCUUCAGCCAUGGAAAAUCGAAAACCGGUUGGAAAAUUUAUUUGUCCGGUUUGCAAUAAUUCUUCGUCAAGCCUAAUGGCUCUUCAAAAUCAUGUCCAGAGUUGCUUGGAGAACUAGUGUGUUGACUGGUGUUUGGACUAGAAGUAGGAUUUUUGUCGUAGCGUUGAAAUACUUUGCAUUCAAUUUAUUUACAUUAUGUUUGACUAACUUUAGAAUUCUAGAUGUAUUUCUAUGCGCUGUUAACUUUGAAGAAUAAAAUCAAUUUAA